UACUAAGUGAACACCCUGUAUAACUAUUUUGCCGGCAUCGGGCAUUCAGGUGCAAAUUUGGACGUGGCACCCUUAAAAAAAUUUUGCCUCCGGCGGGAAGCCAUUCGACACUUAAUGAUUUUCCCGUCAUCCAUUACCCCCCCCAGAAAAUCAUCUAUGGACCGCCACUGAUCAAGUUACCCAUUACCAGACAACCUAUUAACUUUAGGAAUAUUGGUUGUGCUGCCCUCCAAUGAGUUUUCCAGAAAAUUAAAAAUGAUAUCUAAGUAGCAGCCAGCAUCUCAAAAAUGCCUAAAUCACUUGGAAUUCAACAGGGCGAAAGCCCUUCAAAAGUUUACAGUAGAAACAUGGUUUAUACAACUACACCAGACAUGACUGUUGUCAAGCAAGAGUUCAUAAAACAAGAAUUCACGCCAAGUCCUCAUAUGAUUGACCACGCCUAUGUCACUCCCAGGAAUCAAAUGAUGACCCAGACACCAUCAUCAGCCCCUUCCGUAAAAAGAAAACUCAAUCUUGAAGGCAACUUCAAUAUAGUACCGAUCAAGCAUGAGUUUAAAACGCCGCAGCCCAAACGCCAAAAAAAGCAAUCUUUGUCGCGCAAGCCUCGCUAUGACACGUCCCUGAGCCUUUUGACCAAAAAGUUUUCUGAUCUGAUUCAGAAAAGUCCCAAUGGGGUUGUGGACUUGAACAAGGCCUCAGCAGACUUGUGCGUACAAAAACGGAGGAUAUACGACAUUACUAAUGUGUUGGAAGGCAUUGGGCUGUUGGAGAAAAAGUCUAAAAAUAAUAUUCAGUGGAAGGGCGGUACCAACAACAACCAUUUUUAUGGUUUGAAAGUCAAAUUGCAAAAGUUGGAGGAUAGGGAGAAUCAGUUGGAUAGGCAACUGAAAAUCGCUGACCGGGAUUUGAGGAUGUUGAGUAAUGACAAAUAUGGGUAUGUGUCACACAACGACCUCUGGGGUGUUGAAAAAUUUAAAAAUAAGGCUGUGAUAGUCAUCAAGGCGCCCCCCAAUACGCAACUUUCAGUACCUACGGGCGAGGAAAAAGCUGAUGAAAAUAAUCCAGACAGGGCUACCAUAAGAAUGAAGAGUUUGGAUGGACCCAUAGAAGUAUAUUUGUGUGAGGAACCGCCUGUAGAACCAAAACAACCUCGAACGCCUACGAGCUCGCUCAAAGAUAUCGGGUUCAGUCCAGGCAUGGGUUUGUUUGAUAUGGUUUCGUCACCUCCUGUACCUCAACUUGACACUCCUGUACCUCCUAGUAAUCAUCACAGGCCCAUAUCCUCACAGGUGUGUCGGUCGUUGUCCUUUAUCAAAGACGAUUUCGACACCGCCGGACCGAGUACAAGUCAACAAAACCUCAAUCACCUUCAGCCCUCCACAUCUACCUCAGUGCAGGAUUCGGGUUGCGGACCGCCCAACGAUCCGGUAUCGUUUGGCGGGCCUCUCGCCUCUACGGCUAUUGUGCAAUUGGACCCAAGACUGGAGUCUCCUGGCGAGGGAACAUCGCAAGGUGGACUGCGGACACCUUUCAGGGUGGCAUUCUUUGGCGACAGUCCUCUAAGUGGUUUACGGGGACUUGGGAAUAGUUAUAGUAAUGGUAUGGAUCCGUUUUUCUCAUCAGAACCGUUCGUCCCGCUUGAGCCCCUCAUGCAACCAGAGUACAAUUUCAGCCUGGAUGCGUCAGAGGGUCUGGCCGAUCUUUUCGAUUACGACCUUUUCUAGAAUAACAAAUUCCAAUUUUUUGCUCACACACUCACAACAAACAAACAACACACUUUUAAAUAUUUUUAUUUUUUAGUUAGGAACCAAAACCUGAUACGACUUAAAAUCCUUAAUAAUUGUAAUUGUAAGCUGUUAAAUCAAUUCCUUUAAUUUUAAUUUCGAUAUUGGGACUAUGAUGACAAGGAGAAGGAUGCUUAAAAGCUUGUUUUUACUUGUGAUUAUAGUUAAAAUAUGAUAAGUUUUAAAACUUUCUUUGAUUUAUCCGUCAAUAUUGCUAUAGUAAAACUCAGUGUGCCUGAAGGAAAAAACAUUCUUAUUUUUCGCUUUGUAGAUAAAGCGUUGUACAUCACACGCGCGUUUAUACAUAACUACAAAACUCGUGUGAUUAGAACGUCUUGUCUUGCCCCAAGUUUUGCUUGCAAAUUAUGGGAAAUUUUAUGCUCGGCAGUGUAUAUUGCAUCGACUUGAAUAAUAAAAUUAUUGCAAUGUUUACAAUUCUUAUCCCUACUCUCAUAAAAUAGCUAAAACUAUUGGAAUAUACAGGGUUAUUGGUAAUUCGAUACAUUCCUUUAUAGAUGUGAUAGGGUAUGAGGUAAAUUUAACCGUAACAUGGUUCACGCAAAGCUCAAUAUUUUUUGAGAUAUUUCAAUGUUUCUGUUUUUCUCAAAAACAUAGACUUAAAAAUUAAUUAGUAAAAAAUUUACCAAACUUUUCUACUGGAUCACUUGCCCAACACUGUGGUCUUAUAUUUGUAAUAAAAAAUAUCCGGAAAAUAAAUUUAAACUGCCACUGUAUUAGCAAGAAUAAGAAACCAAGAGAAGGUACCGAGUGAAUAAAUUCUCUCAUUCGCAUCAUGUGAUCAAUUUUGGUAUCAUUUGUACCUUGUUGGAUACCUAUUGAAAUAAGGAAGUUUUUUUAAAAAAAAAUUCACAUGUUGCUUGAUGAGUUUCAUAAAAAUAACCGAUAAGAAAUUCUGAUACCUUAUUUUUGAAGAAAUUUGAUUUAAAAUUUUCCCUGACUGAAAUGUUUCCGCAUAUUUUUUAUUACACACAUAAGAAGUGUUGGGAAAGUAAUCGAGUAGAAAAGUUGAAAAAAUGUACGGUAGAUUUUAGGUUUAUUAAAUUUACUCCCUAUUUCAUCCUCUAUCACAUCUUCAAAGUAGGGUUUCCAUAAAGGUUUUACGGAAAUCAAGACAAAGGAGUCAAGAAAUCCGGACAAAAUCCGGACUUUGCCGAAAAAUAACUUGAAAUUUUCAUGAAGGAUGAAUUUUGUGUUCAUUAAUAGGUAGAAAUGAAGUAUCGUAACGAUUAAGAUAUUUAACAAAGUAAGAUUGUUUAGUUUUCACGAUCUCCAAGUUUUCCGGACAUUGUUCCGAAUUCCGGCUGGACUUCCCCGGACACCCCAAAAAUCCAAACAUGUUCGGGUAAAUCCGGACGUAUGGAAACCCUACUCCAAAGGAAUGUAUCGAAUUACCAAUAACCCUGUAUAACUAGCCUAUAGACUGCAAAACAUUUUGAUUGCCAAACAUCCAAUCGGAAAUAUUAUUUUCAAUUCUAUAAAGUUUUCUAUAAGCAAAUUCUUACAGAUGUGACCAGUUACACUGAGUUUAAUUAUGGCCCAAGCUGUAGUAAAAUUUUCUCAAUUUAUAGACGCCUAAUUGCAUCUUUCCAUCCUCACCAUUACCAUGCACCUCUCAGAUUUGUGUAUUGUAUAUUAUUGUUGGUUCGAAAAAAAAAUUUAUAUGAAUUUGUGUCAAUGUGUUUAUGUUUAUGUUAUGGUUAUUUUCAAUGAGGGAAUCUCGUCUAAAAAUUGUCCUUUGGCUAAAGAGGUGCAUGGUUGAAUUUUAAAAUAGGUUAACUAUAUUUAAUUAUAAUAAUAUAUUAUUUUAAUUCCUAUAUUUAUUAAUUAUUUGUGUUAUAUAGAAUAUUUUUUGGGUUUUUCUAAAUUAUUUUUAGAUGUUUAAAAACUUCGUUGGACAAAUCGGACCAAAGUGCCUAUUUUUCUUAUUGAUUUGGUCAUUUUAGGAAACAAAAAUAAAAUUAUUGCUAUGGUUUUGUUUUUUUCUUUAAAAUUUAUUACAAUAUUUAUUUUUAUUAGUUGAGUAAGGUUUGUACUGAGGCUUAUAUUGAAGGCUGAAUUUUAUGUUUUGAACUAUUUUACACUACUAAAUUUUGUGUACAUAAUUAUUUUUGGUUAAAAUUGAACCGAGCACAUUAUAAGCCUUUUAUUAAAAAAUAAAAUGGUGCCAUUGAAAAAAUUCAUAAAUCUGUUUUGUUUUGAAAAAAAAAAAAAAAAAAUGUAUAUAAAUUCACAUAAAUAUAUUGCUUAUCAUUGGGCAUUUUGAAUUUCCUUAUGUAUUUUUUUUUUUGAAUGGAAUGACACAAACCAUUUUUUUUUCAAAGAAAAUAUAAAUGUUUAUAAUUUUUGUCAAGUAUUACGACACCUGCAAUAAUUUCGAUCUCAUCAACAAAUUAAUUAUUGGUUUAUUUUAAGGAACUACCAAAAAAAUGAAUUGAAUAAUUUUUUGUACGCUGGGACCACUAAAUUUUAAGCAUACAUUUGCUUAAAGUUAGCUGUUCUCAUGCAGAGUAAUUUAAAUAAUUCUCUACGAGGGUGUGUGUCACUGUUUAGUACAACUACUUACCGCAAAACAAAAAAAUGUUGUUAUUUAAUUUUUUUUGUACAAAUUAUUUUAUCCUAUAGUGUUUUUUUAUGUUUACAGAAAGAAUGAUAUGAAUGUCCAAGCCAUAGAGGCCUUAUUGAAAAACAAAAAAAAAACUUUUGUAGUGACAUCACAAGUACGUUUCUACAUCGGUGUACAUAAUGAAAACAU